GGCCCCUUCAGCGCCAAACAAGGCAAAAUGGCGGCAGCGUCGGCGAAGGGGUGCGGUGGGGCCUGGCGCCGGGUGUGGCAGCGCGGCGCUGGGGGUGCCGCCCCCCGCUGUCGGCAAGCCUUUGCCAGCAGCGCGAGAGAUGGGGUAGGGUCGGCAGCGAAAUGCGGUCUUGUUCCAUGGGUACCAGUUGUGGGUCUGGAAGUUCAUGCACAAAUCAGUUCCAACUCAAAACUUUUCUCUGGUUCCCAAGUCCAGUUUGCAGCACCUCCUAACUCUUUGGUGUCUUUCUUUGAUGCUUCUUUACCAGGAACUUUACCAGUUCUCAACAGGAGAUGUGUAGAAGCAGCAGUGAUGACAGGCCUGGCACUCAACUGCAGAGUAAACAAGAAGUCCUUGUUUGACAGAAAACAUUAUUUCUAUGCAGAUCUGCCUGCUGGCUAUCAAAUCACUCAGCAAAGAGUCCCUAUUGCGGUGAAUGGAAGUCUGUCAUACAGUGUCUGUGUAGACAACAAAAUGAGCCAGAUGGUGUCCAAAACCGUGAGGAUUAAACAAAUCCAACUGGAGCAAGACAGUGGAAAGAGUCUCCAUGAUGACACAAGGAGCCAGACACUCGUUGACUUGAAUAGGGCUGGAGUCGGCCUUAUGGAGGUUGUCAUGGAGCCUGAUAUGUGCUGUGGGGAAGAAGCAGCUGCUGCAGUCAGAGAGCUUCAGCUCAUCCUUCAAACACUUGGGAGCAGCCAGGCAGUCAUGGCAGAGGGUCAGCUGAGAGUGGAUGCCAAUGUUUCUGUGCAUCGCCCUGGAGAGCCCUAUGGAGUGAGGACUGAAGUGAAGAAUAUCAAUAGCUUACGAUUCCUGGCAAAAGCAGUAGACUAUGAAAUACAGAGACAAAUUCAAGAACUUGAAAAUGGAGGAACAAUUCUGAAUGAAACAAGAGCCUUUGAUUCAAAACUUGGGUGCACCAUAUCAAUGAGGGACAAAGAAGGAAAACAGGAUUAUCGGUUCAUGCCAGAGCCAAACCUUCCUCCAUUGAUUCUGUAUGAUGCUAAAUCUUUGCCAGCUAAUAUGAACCAUCAGCAAGUGGUAAAUAUCGAUUCAAUUCAUGAAAGACUUCCUGAUCUCCCCAGUGUGAAGAGAGCAAAGCUUGUUGAACAGUAUGGGAUUCUUCCAGAACACAGCUUCACUUUAUUGAAUGAAGACGGAUUAACGGAAUUCUUUGAAAAUGUGGUGAACCAGACACAAAUGAAGCCCAAGAAAGUGAUCGGAUGGAUUCUAAAGGACCUGCUCAGUUAUUUGAAACGACAUUCCCUUACAGUAAAGGAAAGCCCAGUCAGCUCUUUUCUCCUGGCUGACCUUCUGAACCUCAUAGAAAAAAAAGAAAUUUCUUCCACAGCAGCAAAGCAGGUGCUUGCAGAACUGUGGAAAGGAGAAGGGAAAAGUCCUCUUGAUAUUGUUAAAGAAAAUAAACUCGAACUGAUACAGGAUCAAAGAGACCUUGAAAAGAUCUGCCAGGCAGUGAUUGAUGGACAAGAAAAUGAGGUUAUGGCAAUAAAAGCAGGAAAUCUGAAAGUUCUAAAUAAGUUAAUUGGCCUGGUACAAAGAGAAACACAAGGGCGAUCCAAUCCUGUCCUGGUGAAGCAGCUGCUAGAGAAGAAACUGUCAGAGUAGCCACAAGAGAAAACCACCCAAGUAUCUAUAGAAGAUGUGUGCUCUGGUCUCUCUGGUUCACUGCGAAGGAACUUUGGUGCCUCCUCUUGCAGCAUCAGGAUUAUUGCUUAUACUUCACACAGCAUUAAGUCCUAGCCCUCUCUGGAUGAUGCAUCACCCAAAGGCAGAUGAGGAAGAAAAUAGCAGGAGAUAAUACAAUCACUUGCAUCUCCCUCGGUGUGGUGUUUGGAAAUGUGAUUUCCACACAGCCCUGGGAAAGAGGUUCCCAGGAGUGCCUGUGAGUAUGCAGAGAGCUGAAGCGCUGUUGGUUGGUUCUGUAAUAAAGCAAGUGUAAACUCA